GAAAGUUUUGAACUGUGAAAAUCAUCGAAGACUCGAAAGAAGACCGGCUGGCAGCAGAAUCCAAGAAAACGCUAAUUAUAUAUACAUAUUUUAAAAUUUUUGUUACUGCUGAUCUGCUCUUAAUUCAUCAGUCAACCCCCGUCCUCGUAUCUCUGAAACCUAGUUAAGGUUCUUCAUGGUACUGUGUACAGGUUCUUCAUGGUAAGCAAAAGUCUUGAUCCAGGACUCAACUAAAACAUCAUGAAUUAUCUAGUUGGAGCUUUCAAGCCACCGUGUAAUAUUUUCAUUUCAUUCACUGAUGGAAGAAGCCGCAAGCAGGUUCCGCUAAAGAAGGAAAAUGGGAAAACAGUUAUGGUUGCUCUCUUCCAGAGCCAAGAAAAUAUUGUAGGAGAGGUUGUUAUAGAGCCAAUACAUGGGAAGAAGGUUGAACAUAAUGGUGUUAAAAUUGAGCUCCUUGGUCAGAUAGAAUUGUAUUUUGACAGAGGCAACUUCUAUGAUUUCACAUCUCUUGUACGUGAACUUGAUGUUCCUGGUGAGUUAUAUGAAAGAAAAACAUAUCCAUUUGAAUUCUCUACGGUGGAGAUGCCAUAUGAAUCAUAUAACGGAGUGAAUGUUAGACUUAGGUAUAUACUGAAAGUGACAAUCAGUAGAAACUAUGUCAGCAACAUUGUGGAGUACCAAGAUUUUGUGGUCCGCAAUUAUACUCCUCCUCCAUCAAUCAAUAACAGUAUUAAGGAUGUUCCAUGCCUAAAUUUGAGUCACUCUUAUCAUGGUUCUUCUGCAAGAGAUGAUCAUUUAGUCCCUUUACAAAUGGAAGUUGGGAUUGAGGAUUGUCUACACAUUGAAUUUGAAUACAGUAAAAGCAAGUAUCAUUUGAAGGAUGUCAUUAUUGGCAAGAUAUAUUUUCUUCUUGUUAGAAUUAAGCUAAAAAACAUGGAGCUUGAAAUCAGGCGCCGAGAAUCAACUGGAUCAGGGCCAAAUACAUAUGUUGAGACAGAAACCCUUGCUAAAUUCGAGUUGAUGGAUGGUGCUCCUGUGAGAGGAGAAUCGAUCCCAAUCAGAUUAUUCUUAAGUCCGUAUGAACUGACACCAACAUAUCGCAACAUCAAUAACAAAUUCAGCGUGAAAUACUAUUUGAAUCUUGUGCUAGUGGACGAAGAGGAUCGGCGGUACUUCAAACAGCAAGAAAUCACUAUGUACCGGAAUCUUGAAGCAUCAUAAUUCUUCUUUCAAAUCUAGAUAUGUUCAGACAUGAAUGUGGGAAAGAACUCAAGAAGAUCAGAGUAGUUUAUGGGAACAUUUUAUGGAACUCUUUCUGGUGUUCUUCGAGCUUGUCAGUGAAGUUCUUCGGCUGUUUUGUACAAAUAGCUGCACUGGUUUCAGGUGAUGGCACAGUACUCGUAUCUCAGUCUUGUUUAUCUGUUGUGUAUUUUCCGAUCAAUGAACCAAACAACAGAAAAGAAUAAAAAAUCCAGGUUCCAUUGUUGGCUGUAGGCAUGUUCAGUUGUACUGAAAGUUGGCUUGCAUGGAGCCUUUUUCAUUUUUCAUUUUGUCAGUUCUUUAAUCUCUAUUUAUGGUGAAUAGAAAUUGUCUCCUGUUUUGUGCA